UUUAGAUUCGCCGCACUUGACUGACACAAUGGUGUCUUUGCGAUUGAAGAAGAGGUCACUGGCCCUUGUGGCCGCGCAGCUUCUUGCUGCUUCCGCCAACUGUACGUCUUCUGCUACGACGGUGAAUGCUUGCACUGUCGAGAGCUUCAAUUCCACCCUCCAGGGUCGCAUCCGGCCGUUGACUCCCUUCUCGUUGCCCUGCUUCUCCAACUACAAUGGCACCACGGUCGCAGUUGACGAGGCCGCCUGCGAGCGCAUCCAGAGCAAUUACACUGACCCUUACCUGCGCGCGAACUCGCCCAAUGGCUACAUGAACAACCAGGAUGAGAUGUGUGCGUCCGAUCCUCUCGAUCAGUGCCUGCUGGACAGCUCCAAUCCGACCGAUACGCUGGCAUAUGUUGGCACCACAUGCAACCAGGGCAACAUGCCCUUGUACUACCUCGAGGUGAAGACAGCCUCCGAUGUCAUCGCGGCCUUCGCGUUCUCCAACUGCUCCGGAGUGCCUCUGUCCAUCAAAAACAGCGGACACGAUUACCUAGGUCGCAGCAGCGGGAAAGGCACGCUGAACCUCUGGAUGCGCAAUCUGCAGUCCAUGAGCUACAGCGCUACCUUUGCCCCCGCUGGUUGCUGUACCAACAAGAGCUAUAACGCCAUCACCGUUGGCGCUGGGGUCAAUUUCGCCGAAGCCUACGCCUUUGCCGACUCUUACAACGUCACCAUCCUCGGUGGCUACUCCCCGACCGUUGGCCUCUCCGGUGGCUGGGUCCAGAUGGGCGGCCACUCCAUCCUGUCCCCCGUGUAUGGCCUCGGCGUCGACCGCGUCGUGGAGUACAAGGUCGUCACCCCUGACGGCCAGCUCCGCAUCGCCAACGAAUGCCAGCACCAGGAUCUCUUUUGGGCCCUUCGCGGUGGUGGUGGCGGCACCUUCGGUGUUGUGCUCGAAAGUACCCAUCGUGUGGAGCCCCAAAUCAGCUUCGUCGCCGCCAGCAUCAAGUUCCCCGCGACCUCCGAUAACGUCCUCCCCUUCAUGGAUAUCGUCGUCAACAACACCCUCCAGUGGGCCUCUGAAGGCUGGGGCGGGCACAUCACCGGAAAUACCCUGGUCAACGUCUCCCCGCUGCUCAACCUCACGCAAGCCAAGGCCUCCGUUGCGACCGCCGCCGCUUACGCGCUGAGCCAGGGUGGCUCUGCCGUCGUCGAGCAGUUUGCCUCGUGGUACGCCUUCUACACGAAAUACGUGACGUCCAGCGCCGUCAGCGUUGGCGUCACCCACUUUGCCGGCAGCCGUCUCGUGCCGGCCUCCGUGUUUGAAACCGCGUCCGGCCGCGCCAGUCUCAUGGACUUCUUCGCUCUGCUCCACAAACAGGGCGCGAGCCCGUAUAUCCCGGUCGUUGGCCCCGUCCUCUACAACUACACCGCAAACUCCACCUCGGCGACACCCGCCUGGCGGCAGGCUGUGUGGGAGCUUGGCUCCGGCGCUGCCUGGGCCUGGAACAGCACCCUCACCACCCGCAAGGCGAAGAUCGCUGCCCUCCAGAAUAUGACGGCCACCUUGGAGCAAAUUACGCCCGGAAGUGGCGCCUAUAGUAACGAGGCAAAUGCUUUCACCGAGGACUGGCAGGAUGCAUGGUGGGGUGAAAACUAUGACGCGCUGGUUCAGAUCAAGAACAAAUAUGACCCCAGUGGGUUACUGAGCUGCUGGAAGUGCAUUGGAUGGGAAGAGACGACGGCCGCUAGUUCGUGCUUUUCAGCCUUUGCGUGAGAAAAAGAAAAGCCACUGUAAAGUAUAGAUUUCUGUGUACAUAGUAAAACCACAUCGACGAAGCUUCGGGGAAGGUAUAUAAGAGUUAGACAUUAAUCAACAAGAUCAGUUAACCAGUCCUAACCGCCCUAACAGCUCUG